CGUGGCUGCGGGGGCGGGCGGUGCUGUGCGCUCCGCUCCGCUCGGCGCUGCCGCACCGGACCGUACGGCGGGGCGGGCGCUGCUGUUGCUGCUGGCGGCGCUCGGCGCGGCGGGGCCUGCGGCUGCUCAGCCCCGGCGGCACGAGGAGGAGCGGGAGGAGAGCGCCGGAGAGAGAGGCAGGCGUCGGACCCCGCGGCGGCGCUGCCGCGAUCGCCCCGCUCGGCUCCCUCAUGGCCGCGGGCUGCAGGGACGGCCCGGGGCAGGAGAAGUACCGGCUGGUGGUGGUGGGCGGCGGCGGCGUGGGCAAGUCGGCGCUCACCAUCCAGUUCAUCCAGUCCUACUUUGUUACGGAUUAUGACCCAACCAUUGAGGACUCCUACACCAAGCAAUGUGUGAUAGACGACAGAGCCGCACGCUUGGACAUUCUGGAUACAGCAGGACAAGAAGAAUUUGGAGCCAUGCGUGAGCAGUACAUGAGGACAGGGGAGGGCUUUCUGCUUGUUUUCUCAGUCACAGAUAGAGGAAGCUUUGAAGAAAUCUAUAAGUUUCAGCGGCAGAUUCUUAGAGUGAAAGAUCGCGAUGAGUUUCCAAUGAUUCUCAUUGGUAAUAAAGCAGAUUUGGACCACCAAAGACAGGUGACACAAGAGGAAGGCCAGCAGCUGGCACGGCAACUUAAAGUAAUGUACAUGGAAGCCUCAGCAAAAAUCAGAUUGAAUGUAGACCAAGCUUUUCAUGAACUUGUCAGAGUUAUAAGGAAAUUUCAGGAACAAGAGUGCCCUCCUUCACCAGAGCCAACACGGAAAGAAAAAGACAAGAAAGGCUGCCAUUGUGUUAUUUUCUGAGAAUCCCAAGAACCAAGCUAUCAACUGCCAGAUCAUAUUUUUCUUUCCAUCAUUUUACAUCACUUCUGGUAUUGGUCUAGCCUUAUAUGUGCAUGUCCUAAAAGUGGUCACCAGAAUAGCCUUAGUCCAAGAAGCUGGCAGAAUAGUUCUUGAAGAAGACUCGGUCAUCCUGGGGCAGACUUCAAACCAAAACACUAAGGCUGCUUCUCUAAAACCACACUUCCUUCCUUCUGUCCCUUCAGAGCUUGCACCUUGUGGAGUUUUAUUCGCAAAGGAGAUGAAACAAAACCGUGUAGGACGAGGUGUUGAAGUCAUGCAUAAGUUGUCUCUUGUGAAUUAAUUUAUUUUUACUUCUGACAUUUCAUUAGCUAUUACAGAGACCUAUAUUGGAGUAUAGAGAAUACUUUUUAAAAAAGGGGUGGAUUGGCUUUUUUUUGUUUGUUUGUUUGUUUCUGCCCUCAGUUAAAUUAGACUUGAGUAUUCAGCUAGCCUUAAGAAACCUACACUGAAUUUCAUUGUCAGCAAAAAUUUUCAUCUCUCAUUUAUGCUGCAGUUUUAUUUCGGUGGCCAAAACAUUCUACUGUAUUUAUUUUUUGAAUCCAGAACAGCUACAGGAUGAUUACUACUACUAUUAGGAUAUGGCCAAAUACCUGAGCUCAUUCUGGAUUGAGGCAUUUUUUCAGCUUAUUAAGAAAUUUCACAUUAUGUUUGAAAAUAAAUUGUGUCUUCCUUUGUAUUUCUGGGUAAGGGAUUAAGGAAAACUAAAAUUGUAGCUGUUUUUGUUUCAUGUGAUAUAAAAACGAAUUUGAUCUUUCCAUUGUCAGAGAUGAUUAAAUGUUUUUGCUAUAUACUUUUAUACAUUAUUUUCUUAUCAAACUAGUUAACAAGUAUUUUUAUAUGUUUGUAAGCAAAUAUGCUUUCACAGCAUAACUUGUGUAUAUGUAAAGAUGAGUAUUUAAUUCUCACAGUUCACUUUUAACUGACAAAAUUGUGGGAUUUGCCAAACUGUGGUAAAUUUCUCCUUACUCUCCCGGUUAUACCCAAGAAUGGCCAAUUAUGUGCCUGCCCAGCACACCUAUAGAGUAAAAUCUAGUGUUUUAAUGAAUUUCAGUAUCCCUUACUAAAGACUGACCAUUAUGUGAAUUAUUAAACUGUAAGACUUUUAACUGAUUGUUUAGUUAAACUGUGGAUGGUUGUUUAAUUUUGAGUUCUGUGGAUUGUGUUUAAACAAUUCAAGAGUAUGGUCCCUGAUAUUGAAAUACUGAGUGGUAUUGCACAGUUGUCACCUUAACUGAAUGUGUCCAACAGUUCUUUGAAACUUGAUUAUUAAGCAAACCCUUGUAUAACUUCAGGUGCUAGAAUUAAAGAUGAUCUAACCAUU